CCAUGAGGAAUUAUUCGCGCAGAGGACGCUGCGAAAGGUUCGGCCUGGAAAACUAGAACAGUUUUCAACCGAUCUAUGUCUGAUCGCUCAUGGCAUCCGGUAAGACUUGGUAGUCGCAAAAAACAUAUGAGUUGACAUGAUCAUGAUCUGCAGUUCUGCUUGCUUAGUGGACACGUUCGCAGUGCAGGACCCCGUUAGCUUGUUUUCCCAUGUGCUGGGUGGCUUGCGGUCGAAGAGUGCAACUUUUGCUGACGUUGUCCAUUGGUACGAUCCUUCGUCACUUCAGUCGUUCAUCGUAAACUCUCGCAUACUGCGAGCCUUCGCUCGAACAUUGUUGGAGGACAAUGCGGCGGUCACAUACGUUCUCCUUGAUACGUUCCCUACACUGCUGAAUAGCACGCCAACGACAGUGCUGAACAUUAUAUGCGCCAUGAAUGCAGACAUGCUAGAAUCUCAAGCCAAUGUCUCAUUUUCCUUCGUCGAUGGUUUGACACAGGACAAUCUUGUUCCUCUGGCUGCAACUUUGAUCGGUUAUCCAGUCGCAUAUGUUCCUAUCUCGGCUAAUCAGACAUCAUUCCUGAGCGGACAACCUUUGGACGUUUAUGAAGCAAUGGUUGUCCCAGCGACGUCAUGUACAUCUUCCUCACCAAGCUCUAAUCAGUCGCAUACUCUACUCAAGUUCUCCUGCCCGUGUCUACUUGCAGAGACGAACCCUGAGUUAUUUCCGGAACGCGUUACAAAACGCCUCCAAUCACAGUUUCGACAAAGCCUUUCUUCCAUUGGGUCAUCGCUCUUGGUUCAUCAUCACGUAGAGGUUAUGGACCGUGUCGCGCUUUAAAUAUCUCUCCAAAGAUGAUGAUGCAAAGAUAUGUAAUCCAAAUUAAUCGACAUCAACAUUGACAAUCUUGAUGUCUUCAAAUGGCUUGUCCAUCUUAUUCGUCUUCACGUUUUCGAUAUUAUGAAUGACCUCCAAUCCAGAGAUAGCGCGACCAAA